AUGGAAGGCACAUCGGUGAGUGGUUUGGCUUUCGAUUCGAGUAUUUCACCUUGUAAGGCUCCCAAGAGGAGUUGCAGUGUAGGGAGCUGUUUGCGAGUGUUUUUGUUUCUGCUGUCCUCACAAGAACUGGCACCUACAUUAUCUCUUCAUCCCUCACUUUGCUCUUUUUCCAUGUGCGUUGUUAGCCUGCUGAACAACGAGGUUUACAAGUACAUGGCGAGUCAGUCCGGCGAGGACCUGUGUGCGUUCUACCGGAACUAUCAGUGCUCCGGCUACGACUACAGCUGCAACAGCGGGUACAGGGAGAGUGCCCUGUGUGACGUUCCAUGCAAUCUGCAGGCCUUCGCUGACACGACGUGCUACAAUGUUAUGUGGACGGCGAUCCAGAUAACCUUUGACCCGCUCAUCGUCUUUGCAGUUUGCAUCAUUUUUGGCUGCCUGUUCUCGCUACUGAUGAUGGCGAAGAUGCUGAUGAUUGCGGGACGCGUCGCGCAGAGGAGCCUUUAA